AUGGCUUAUUCCGAUGACGCCGUCAAAGCCAAGCUCUCCGCGCUAAAUGAGACUCAGGAAGGCAUCGUCACGGUUGCACAAUGGGUCAUGUUCCACAGACGACAUGCAGAUCGGACAGCACAGUUAUGGCUACAGAAAUUACGUGAAUCGCCCGCGCCGAAGCGACUGAAUUUGAUUUACCUUGCGAAUGAGGUCGUGCAACAGUCGCGUGCACGGCGCAAGGAAGACUUUCUCCUCGCAUUCUCUCCGAUCAUCGCCGAGGCUACAGCCACCGCAUACAAGGGUGCCUCAAACGACAUUCAGCAGAAGCUGCGACGGGUGAUAGAGGUUUGGAGAUCGCGUGCGAUAUUUGAGCCUUCGAUUCAGGAUGUCGUGGAGGCUCGAGUAGAUGAAAUCGAUAAAUCUCGCUCUACCGGCAAGAAACCGCCCCUGGGCGGAUCUCUCUUCUCAACUUCGUCCGGCUCUACUCCGUCUGAGCUACAGCCUCUGCUUCCAUUACAGGUAGCUCUUUCGAAAGCUACCAUGACAUCUACUGCAUCUACUACCGCUGCCAAUGCGGAGUAUGAUAAGUUACACGAUCCCAAAAACCCGUUGCCUACUCCUCCGGUGCACGCCGCGCGACUCAGUCAAUUACUGAAGGCGCUGGCCAACGCCGAGAGCUCGGUUUCGGAGGUCAUCAAAUCACGGUUGGCUCUAAUUGACGGUCUCGAGAAAUUGUUGGAGACCAAUCGCUCUGCUCUCUCGAGAGAGCAAAAACUCGUUACGCAGCUCGGAGAAAGAAAGACCGGGACCGAGGCAACCAAGCGGGAAGUCGAGGACGGAAUCAUGCGAGGUCUGUCUGCGGAAGCUUCGCCUGAGACCAACCAUGGAGACCUCGGACUCGGGGGAGAGGCAGAUAUGCCUCGGCCGGAGGUCGAGGCUUUGACACCUCCACCUGUCGAGGCACUGACACCCGUCGGCUCUCCGCAACAAGCUCCGCAGGAGACAAUCCCAGGGCUCACAAACGAACCCCAGGUUGCCACCGGAUUCACACUCCCUGGCAUCGAGCAAUCCCUUAACCCAUCAUACCGCACUUCGGACUUGGCCCCAGCGACCUUUGAUACUUCAAAUGGCCUUCUCACCAAGAAGCGCAAGGUCACCCACAAUGAUGAGGACUAUGCUCAAUUCGCGAGCGGGGACCUAGAUGCUGAUGUUGCCGAACUUUUGAAACAGGAAGGCAAUCAUUAG